UUUUCACUGUUCAGAAAAGCAGAACAGUUGCACAGAAAGCAGCGACCUGCAGAAGAGGACAAACAUGAGCAAAUUUCGAGGUUCUUCACUGAAAGCAAAACUUAAGAUUUUCAAAAAGAGAUCAAAAAAAAACUUGUCGGGCAAGUCGGACGACUGUCUUGCAGAUCAAGCUCACCUCAGGAUGGUGUUGGUUGGGAAAACUGGAGUUGGAAAAAGUGCAACUGGAAACACCAUCUUAGGAAAAAAAGUGUUUCAGUCGAAGAUGUCGACGUGUUCGCUGACGUACAAGUGUCAGAAAGAAACGGGAGAGUUCGGCGCUCAGACUCUGGCAGUGGUCGACACUCCCGGUCUGUUCGACACCAAGAGGAGUGAGGACGAGGUGAGGAAGGAGAUCGGCAGGUGCAUCUCGUUUGCUGCUCCCGGUCCUCACGUCUUCCUGGUGGUCAUCCAGCCCGGCAGAUUCACCAAAGAAGAAAGAGAGACGGUGAGAAUGCUGCAAAAGCUUUUUGGGGAGAAGGCAGCAGAGUACACGAUGACUGUGUUCACCCACGGAGAUGACCUUCAGCUGGAAAGCUGCAACAUCCAGGAUCUGAUUGACGAAAACGAGGACCUGAGGGUCUUUGUCAGUCAGUGCGGUGGAGGACACCACAUCCUCAACAACCGAGAGAGGAAUCCAGAUGAAGUCUGUUCGCUCCUGAAGAAGAUCAACAGCAUGGUGCAGAGAAACGGGGGCGGGUACUACAACAGCGAGCUGUUCGAGGCGGCCGAGAGGGCCAUCAAGGAGGAGACGGAGCACCUCCUUCUAGAAAACCCCGACAUGGAGCCUGGUGUGGCCAGGAAACAAGCCGAGGAGGAGAACCCCUUCAACUAUUACGUCCGGAGAGGUGCUAUGAUCGGCGCCGCCAUGGGCUUUGUGGGCGGUCCAGUGGCCAGUGGAUUGGGAGCUACAGUGGGGGCCGCUAUAGGGGCCAUAACAGGGGCCAUUAGAAGAAACCACUGCACCACACAGUAAUCAUAAGCUCACUGUACAUCUCACUAAAGCUCCUGAGAAUGUGUUUCUGUGCCUCAGUUGAUUUAAUAAAAAUGAUUCAAAGU